CUUAUCGGUUCUUACUUAUUGUGAACGAUUUCACCCAUCUCUAUCGUAAACUGAAUUUGCCAAAAAAUAAUUUUAAGCGGUCGCAUUCAUAAUGUUUUCAUUAUUACACAAAGAGGAAAAUGCACAUGACAAUGCACUCUGGGCAUGCGCCUGGGGACGCGACCCAGAGCCGGCAACUGACGAAGCGAGCGCUGUAGAAGAGGAAGAGAAUCCAUUUGAUUUUGACAAAAAAGAGAAGAAACCAACGGAUUUCAUAGUGACCGGUGGUCUAGACGAUUUGGUCAAGGUAUGGGAUGUACGUGAAGAUAAUACCCUGAAACUUCGACACAAGCUAAAAGGCCAUGCCCUUGGUGUCGUCUCUGUUGCCGUUAGCUCCGAUGGCCAAACAAUUGCUAGCAGUUCGCUGGACUCUAGCAUGUGCCUGUGGAAUGCCAAAACUGGCGAUAAGAAACAUAUGCUAACUUUCGGGCCAGUAGAUUUGUGGACAGUGGGCUUUUCGCCGUGCAACAAGUAUGUCAUAUCUGGCCUAAACGAUGGUAAAAUUUCAAUGUACAGCGUGGAGACUGGCAAAGCAGAACAGGUGCUAGACGCUCAAAAUGGCAAAUACACGCUUAGCAUUGCAUAUAGUCCUGAUGGCAAGUACAUUGCUAAUGGCGCAAUUGAUGGCAUUAUUACCAUCUUCGAUGUGGCUGCUGGAAAAGUGGCCCAAACGCUGGAGGGUCAUGCCAUGCCUGUGCGCAGUCUCUGCUUCUCGCCAAACUCCCAAAUGCUGCUCACUGGGUCUGAUGAUGGACACAUGAAGCUCUACGAUGUUGCACAUUCUGAUGUAGUUGGCACAUUGUCUGGCCACGCCUCCUGGGUGCUGUGUGUCUCCUUUUCGGAAGAUGGCAAACAUUUUGCCAGCUCGUCCAGUGAUCGGAGUGUUAAAGUCUGGGAUACAGCGGAACGCAAAUGUUUGCACACCUUUAACGAACACACAGAUCAGGUGUGGGGUGUACGUUAUAGCCCCAGCAACGAUAAAGUAAUAUCUGCUUCAGAAGAUAAGUCUUUGAACGUUUACAACUGUCCACCGAACGCCAUUGUGUGAUACAAAAUAUGCAUCAAUGCAGUUUGUAAAAUAAAAGAUAGGUUUAAAUUAAUAA